AUGGGACUGAAGGGCAAGCUCUCCCUCCAGUGCAAGGCUAACUGGACGGAUGAGUACAAGAAGGCCUUCAUUGACAUCUGCCUGGACGAAGUGCACAAGGGCAACCGACCGACCACCAGCUUCAACCGAUCAGGCUGGGUCAAUGUCACAGAGAGAUUCAACGACCUGAACGGGACAAAGUAUGUCAAGGGUCAAUUCAAGAACCUCUAUGCUGUCAUGAGGGAUAGCUGGAGGGAGUGGAAGAGCCUGGUCAACCGGACGAAUGGCUGGGGGUGGGACCCUGUCUUGCAGACGAUAGACUGCGACCCCCAGACCUGGGAGGAGUACUGCAAGGUCAGUGGAAUCAGGCAAUGAGCUCCUCUUUUUUUAUGGUUGGUUUCUGACUCUCUCUCUCUCUCUCUCCCUCUCUCUCUCUCUCUGUGAUAUCCUUGUGCAGAGCCACAAGCAGGCCAAGCAGUUCCUGACGAGGCCUCUCCUUUAUGAAGACGACCUGGAUGAGCUCUUCAAAGGAACAGCAGCUGCCGAUGGGGAGACCUACUGUUCAAGUGAGCCUGACGUAGAUGGGGCUCCAGUGAAGCUGCUGCCAGUGACAGACCAGUUCGAAGGAUCAUACUCGAUGGAAACAUUUGAACCAUCAGAUGCACGGCCAGAGAAUGAGGAGGUGCUGUCAGAGGAGCCAUCUAGGAGUCAAACCAGACGCCACUCUCCACCCGAUGCCCACUGGCGCAGGAGGAAGAAGUUCAGAGCCGCCAAUGGUGCCCAGGCCCAAGUCACUGGUGCGCCAGCAGUGACCCCUGGGUCUCCACCCCAGCCCCCCUCAGCUGCAGAUGUGAUCAGGCUGCUCGACCACAUAGAGGAUGUGGAGAUGGGUGGUAAUCUUUACUUGGGGGCUCUGCGGGUCCUCCGGGACACAACGGAGAGAGAAUUCUUUGUUGCCUUGGAUCCACGUGUGCGCUCAGCCUGGCUGCGCAGCAUCGUCUACGGCCAUAAGGGUGGUUAG